AUGCUCGGCGGGUUGCUCUUCUGCUUCUGGAGAUUCGUGGAGAUUGUCACGUUAAUCCCCGUCAUUGGCAUGCUGGCAUGGUUCGUCGACGGCUUCGAUGAAAACAAUCAACUGACUCCAGCCUUCAUCCUGACCUUGUUCAUCGUCUCCGUUCUCGCCUGCGCUUGGGCUGUGGUGACCCUCCUCCGUCUCGGCUCGACCCGUCGCUCUGCUCUCUUCGUCGCAUUCAUCGACCUUUGCUUCGUGGGCGCUUUCAUCGCCGCCGACGUCGAACUCAGAGCUAUCGAUGACGCCGACUGCGGCAACUUCACUAGCGGGUCCAUAUUCAUCAACUUGGGCCCCUUUGGCUACUAUGGACGGACCAGCGGUUCAUCAUGGGCGGCACAUCUCAACAAGAAUUGUUCUAUGCUAAAGGCUUCCUGGGCCUUGGGGAUAAUGAAUACCAUCUUGUUCUUCUUCACCUUCAUCCUAGCCCUCUUCCUCCAUCGUCACGAAAGAGUGGUCGUCACCAAGGAAGUCAGGCGGUCGAGACACAGCAGUCGACGAGGUCACUCUCGUUCUGGAUCGAGGAGGAGCACCAGCCGCCACCGAUACGUCGUUUAA